AUGACGUCUCAAUCCAGUUCUAAGAUGAUGAGUGUGCCUGUCUCAACACAUGAAAUGAUAUCAGUAGCGCGAAAAGAAGAUAUUCCCUCAAACAAACAUACUUUUACUCAAAUUCCUUCUCGUUCACAGGGAAUGUCAUCAGAGCCACUACGUAUGAGCUCAAAAACUAAAAGUACUUCCCGUACGAAAGGAAAACAAUCCACGAAUCAGUCAGGUCCUGUACAACCCAUUGAUUUUUCAACUAUAAGGACAACAUAUCCUCAUCAAGAUGAAGUUAAACCUAAGCGAUUGUAUAACCUUCCCGAGGGCAAGACAUUUUAUCCCACAUGGACCGAAUUUCAAGACCCAUAUGAAUACAUUGCUAGUAUAACUGAAGAGGGGUCACGCUACGGUAUUAUAAAGAUCAUUCCUCCGGAAGGGUGGAAGCCAAAUUUUUCGUUGGAGACCACUCGAUUCAGGUUUAAAACAAGGAAACAAAAAGUGAACACGAUGGAGGGUGAAACUAGAGCCAAAUUAAAUUACAUCGAACAAUUACAGUUGUUUCACGCACAGCAGGGACGCCCAUUUUCAAGGUUACCCCAGUUAGAUAAAGCACCUAUAGAUUUACACAAGCUUGCCAGAGCUGUAGCUGAUCGUGGUGGUCCUCACGAGGUAUCUAAGAAUAAACAAUGGGCUGAAGUUGCCCGUGAGAUCAAAGAAGGUGGAUAUUCGCAAACUUGUACUUCAGCAUCUAAAACUAUCAAAGAACGAUAUUUCGACUUCAUUGAUCCAUACGAAAAAUAUAUUGCCGAGGCGAAACGAGAAUGCAAAUUAAGCAAGCUUGACAUUAAAGUUGAUCUUACAAAACCUGAUGACGUAUGUGGAAAAUGUGGAAAAUUGACAGAGGGUAAUGAAGAUGUAUUACACUGUGAUGGAGAUUGCGAAAAACCAUAUCACAUAGAUUGUCUUAAUAUUAAAAAAGAGCACCUUAACCCCGAUGCACAAUGGCAUUGUCCAAUGUGUCUUUUUUUAACUGGUACUGAUUACGGCUUUGAACCUGGUAAUGGGUUCACUCUGAGGGAUUUGCAACAAACCGCUGAUGCCUUUCGACAACGCUAUCUUAAAAAUCAUCCCGUACCACCUGGAGUAUCAAUGGAGGAUCAUAUUGAAUCCGAAUUCUGGCGGCUCGCACAUUCGAUGGAUGAUAAUACAGAGGUCUUUUACGGUGCAGAUAUAAAUUCAACAGACUAUGGCAGUGGUUUUCCUUGUAGUGAACGUGAUCGAGGUGAUCCAUACAGUAAAGAUCCUUGGAAUCUCCGGAAUCUUCCUAGAUUAACUGGUUCACUACUUCAUGACAUUACACCAGCCAUCCCUGGGAUGAUGCUGCCUUGGGUAUAUGUAGGAAUGAUUUUUUCCGCGUUUUGCUGGCAUGUUGAAGAUCAUUAUACCUAUAGCAUAAAUUACAUGCAUUGGGGUGAGACAAAGACUUGGUAUGGAAUUUCUGCCUCACUUGCAUCAAAGUUUGAAGCCGCCGCGAAAAAGCUAUUGCCAGAACUAUUUCAGCACCAACCAGACCUAUUGACACAACUGACCACUAUUCUAAAUCCAGAAAAGCUGGUUCAGGAAGGUGUUGAAGUUUUUGCUAUUGAUCAACGUCCAAAUCAGUUUUUAAAUUGUAAUGAGGCUGUCAACUUUGCAUUACCAGAUUGGAUUAAAUUCGGAUGUGAGUCAAUAAAAUUUUACAAAGAAAUAAAACGGCAUCAAGAUAAAUCAUUAAACCUUUAUAUUGACAAUUCAAGCACCCUUACAUGGUUUGGUUAUUCAAUUGUAAGAAAAAUUGUCUUUUUCUAUCAAAGGCUUAAAGAUCCGUUAACUGAAAUGUGCACAAAAGAAUUGGAACUUCGAGUUGAAGUAAUUCAAAAGUUGACCUUACCCGCGCCGGUACACGACAUUACUGAGCCAAAAGACUCCGAAAUGGUGUGUUCCUAUUGCAAUGGGUUUAGUUAUUUUUCUGCAUUGAAAUUUAAAUGCACAGAUCAAAUUCUAUGCAUUGAACAUGCGGAUUAUGCGCCAGGAAUGUGCAAUUGUGGAGAAGAAAAUGAAAAGAAUUAUUGUUUUUUCAUUCAAGUACGUAUAAGAGAUUUUCAUCUUAAAAGUCUAAUAGAUACUAUGGAAUAUACGGCCUACCAAGCACAGCAGGAUAUUGAAUAUAUUGGCACAUAUCUUGAAGAAUCGGCAACAUUAUCAGUUAAAGCGUUGGAAGACAUAUACAUAAGAGUUAAAGAAUGUGGAUAUGAUUUUGAAUUAAGUGAAUUGGGCCAUUUUAUUGAACAAUCACAGAUCUGGUUUAGACGGCUAAUUGAGUUGUGUUUUGAAGUUGCUCAAAAUAUUUGGCCAUCUUACCGUAACACGGUUAUUAAUAAUUUUGAUAUUGGCGACUUUCUUGGAAAGUGGGAAAAAAGGGCCAGGAGUUGCCUCUCUACAACUGAUCUGCCCCCUCUUAAUCAGAAACAUUAUUGUUUUUGCCGACGACCAGACAAUUUUAAGACUAUGAUAGAAUGUGAUAAAUGUCAUGAAUGGUAUCACUGCGAAUGUAUUGGUAUGAGUGAUGAAGAAGCAAAUUCUCUUGAUACGUGGACAUGCUCUAUGUGUCAUUAUGAUAAAAACCAUCUUUCAAAAAAGAUACGAAAAAACAUGAACAAAUUGGAAAAACUUGUAAAGGCUGCUACAGUAUUUCCGUUUUCACCAAGACAUUCAGAUCAAUUCGUCAAGAUAAUUCAAAUCGUCAAAUCACUUUUAGGACCUGACCUGUUUCACAUCCGACGCGCGAUUGGUCUCGGCUUGGCCAUUCCUAUAGAUGGAAUAGAAACAAAGAUGGGCAUUGAUUCAGAU